CUUUCUUCCUAAAAUGACCAAGAUACCCGUUCCCCCUAAAUUACAAGAAUACCAAAAUAAUCAAAUGACGAAAAUGCCCUUCUUUUAAGCCUCCGAUAUUGAAAAUGCCCCCGCAGAAGAACAAAAAACCAGUAAAACCCUACUGCGCUUGGAAAUGGGAUUCUUCCUCCUCAGAAAAUCAAUUCCCAGGAUACCCUCAUUUCUCCCUCGGAACUUCAGAAUCCCCAUCCUCUCCUUCUCCUCUCCUCCUCUCUCCACCCCACACUCGUACUCGCAACCUCCGCAUUCCGACUCGCACCGAAAAAUCCAAUCUGACCUUACCAUUUCUCAGACGCCCUCCAAAACCCUCCAAAUUACGAAAAUACCAAGCUCUUAUCAUCAAGGCCCCGGUGUCCGUUCCUUCGGUUCCCAGGUGAUCUCCGAGCUCAGAACAUCCGACGGUCUGACUGUCGAUGACAUCGUGGCCCGGUCAUGGCCCAUACUCGAUGAGAACGAGAGCGAUUGGAAGAGCCACUCGGCCGCGAUUGCUCAGUCGAUUCAGCUGAUCAAGAAGCGGUUGCAGUGGAGAAAGAUGAUACUCAGAGUGGAACAGCUGUCUGCAGAAUUGAACAAAUCAGACCUUUGGGAUGACCCUGUUUAUGCUGGCAGGGUUAGUCGUGAGCAUGGGAUGUAUAUGGGCAAGAUGAAAGAGGUGAACAGAUUCGAGCAAGCACUGCUUGAGCACAUUGAUAUGCUGAAGCUUGCACGUGAAGAGAAUGAUAGAGAAUUGGAAUCGGACUCCAUGAAAGCUUUACUGAGGAUGAGAAGAAUUGUGAAGGAGAAAGAACUUGAGGCAUUGUUAGCUGGAGAUCGUGAUUCUUGUUCUUGCUUUAUAGAGGUUCAAGCAGGAGCCGGGGGGACAGAGAGCAUGGACUGGGCUGCCAUGGUUAUGAAUAUGUACAAAAUGUGGGCUGAACGCCGUGGAUUUGGAGUCGCUAUAGUGGAUGAAAUGCCUGGUGAGAUUGCAGGAAUCAAGCGGGCAACCAUCAAGGUAGAUGGUGAGUAUGCAUUUGGAUAUGCCAAAGCAGAAGUUGGGGUCCAUAGAUUGGUGCGAAUUUCACCUUUUGACAGCGGAAAGCGCCGGCACACUUCAUUUGCUGCUGUAGCUGUAAUACCAAUCUUGGGCGAUGUCUCUACUCGGUUUCAGAUCAAUGAAUCUGAUCUUCGAAUUGAACGGUUUCGUUCUGGAGGUGCUGGGGGCCAGCAUGCUAAUACGACAGAUAGUGCAGUGAGAAUAGUACACAUUCCCACAGGAGUCACUGCAACUUGUCAAAAUGAAAGGUCACAGCAUAUGAACAAGGCAAUGGCAAUGGCUGUGCUUCAGUCUCGGCUGGAUCAGCUUGAGAUGGCCCGCCAGGCUCAGUUGAAUGCACAACAUACACAAUCCCUCACCGAUAUCAGUUGGGGCAACCAGAUUCGAACUUACGUUCUGCAUCCCUAUCGCAUGGUCAAGGAUCUCCGAACAAACUACGAAGUUUCAGACCCUGAUUCUGUUCUCGAAGGUGAUCUUGAUGGCUUCAUUUUGAGCUUCUUAUCUGCUUCUUUGGACAAAGAUGAAGAUGUUAUAUGAAACAAGAAUGACUACCACCUUCCUGAAACCCCCCCACUGAUAAGAGGUGCGGCUGAACAUGGCGAUCUUUCUCAUUACGUGGCUGGCUGAUUUUGUCGGAUUGCCAUCCAUGUGGGCAGUAUGACCUGUCAAACUCGGAGUUUGGCGGUGAAGUUGGCAAGCAACAUUGGCCACGCAUUGAUUCAGAAUAGAGUAGGGAGAAAUCAUGAGUUCAAAGUUAGUUUUGACGUAAAAGAAGCUGAUAAUAAUAUUUUUAAGUGAAAUUAUGAGUUCAAAAGCAGUUUUCAAAAAUUGCAUAUGUAUUGUUAGUAUGGGGUUAUGCUCUGUUAUUGCUGCUGUAUUGAAUUGUAUGUUUUAGUCAAUUGAUAUGAUUUUAUUUACAA